UUCGAGAUUUCCAUUAACCCUUUAAAAGAAAGAUGGCAACCUCAAAGGGUGCCAAUACAUACAAUCGCCAAAAUUGGGAAGAUGCAGAAUUCCCUAUUUUGUGUCAAACAUGUUUGGGAGACAAUCCAUAUAUUCGAAUGAUGAAGGAGAAAUAUGGGAAAGAAUGCAAAAUUUGUGCUCGUCCAUUUACUGUAUUCAAGUGGUGCCCAGGUGCCAGGAUGAGGUUCAAGAAAACAGAAGUCUGUCAAACAUGCAGCAAAAUGAAAAAUGUUUGCCAGACUUGCCUGCUUGAUUUAGAAUAUGGACUUCCUGUACAGGUUCGAGAUGCUGCUCUUAAACUUCAAGAUUCUCUGCCUAAAUCUGACGUCAAUAAAGAGUAUUAUACUCAAAAUAUGGAGAAAGAGAUAGCAAACAGUGAUGGAAUUUCUCCAGUCGGGGCCCUUGCUGGAAAAGCCCAGACACCAAGUGAUAUGCUUUUAAAAUUAGCCAGAACAACACCAUAUUACACCAGGAACCGGCCUCACAUUUGCUCAUUUUGGGUGAAAGGAGAAUGUCGCAGAGGUCAAGAAUGUCCCUAUAGGCACGAAAAACCGACAGAUCCUGAUGACCCUCUGGCGGAUCAAAACAUCAAAGACAGAUUUUACGGCAUGAAUGACCCAGUGGCCAACAAGCUGAUGAAUCGUUACAGCAGUCUGCCAAAGCUGGAACCCCCUGAAGACAGAUCUGUCACCACCUUGUAUGUGGGCAACUUGGGGGACAAGGUUGGGGAAAAAGAACUAAGGGAUUACUUCUACCAGUUUGGUGAGAUUAGGUCCAUCAACGUGGCCAAACAGCAAUGUGCAUUUGUCCAGUUCACAUCCAGGAUUGCUGCGGAAACUGCAGCUGAAAAAGCUUUUAAUAAACUGAUACUGAAUGGUCGCAGACUUAAUAUAAAAUGGGGCAGGUCACAAGGUCAGCCGGCCAUGAAGAAAGAAGAGGCACCAGCUCAAUCUUCACUAGAGCCAGUCCCUGGGUUGCCUCAAGCUCUCCCAAUGCCUCCUGAGGAGUUGACCAACAACUAUUUUAACUUGGGUGGACCUGGUGGUAUGCCUCAGUUCAGAAUGCAGCAGGGACCAAUGAGAGGGGGGCCCAGGGGGUUCCCCCCCAUGUUGAGGCCCCCGCCAAUGCCAUUUGGUGCAAUGCCACGACUUCCUCCACCACCAGGUAUGAGACUACCUCCCCCACCCCCUGGAGUGUUACCUGUAAGACCACCUCCAGGUGUGCCCCCUAGCCAGCCUGGACAGAACUCCCCACCAGAUCAACCUCCGCGAGGUCUUGCACCUGUACACUAUCCCUCCCAAGACCCUACCAGAAUGGGAGCUGUAAAAACCCCAGCUGCCACAAGCUGAAGCAGGCUGACAGCUGUAGUUGUACAUAGUUGAAUGUUUCAAUGUAACUUGUCAACUGUUGAACGUUGUUAGUUUUAAAAAAUUAAUUGCUCUGCUAAAAAUGACUGGAUGAGUGGAGUAGGAAUAUACUAGUUAUGCAUUUAAUUUCUUUUAUGACCUAUUAGUUCUGAACUUGACAAGUAUUUCUUGGGUUAUAUUUAGGUCUGAUACCAAGCUUCAUCAAAUAAUAUUUGCCCCAAAGUUCUUUGUAUAGGUGAACAAGAAAUGUGUGGUUGACAUUUUGUGUCUUUAAAUGCACAUUAAAAAGCUAAGUCCUGAUUUAAAAUACGACAAUGCACAAGGUAUCUUUUAUUCAGGAAAAGCACCAAGGUUAAAUUUGAUUAAUUUGAUCUAAAUGAUUAUAACCAUGGUUGUUCAUUAAAUUGCUGAAAUAUUCCACUCUCUGAUUAGUCAAUUUUGUUUGUAACUUUUUAAUUAUCUAUAGUUUGGUAAUCUGUCAAUGAAAGAACAUUUUAAAUAAGAU